CAUUUCAAAAUGUGUAGUUUGUAGACGACAGCGAGGCAGCGUUGGUGAACAAAAAAUGUCCGAUUUGCCUGAAGAUCGAGUCACGCCAAAUGAACCACCUUUUACGCGCGUAGGUGUGGAUUACUUUGGACCCUUUGAGGUUAAGCAAGGAAGAAGCUAUGUAAAACGUUAUGGUGUUAUUUUUACGUGUUUAGCAAGUCGAGCUGUUCAUUUGGAAGUUGCCGCGUCUCUAGACACUGACUCGUACAUCAAUGCAUUACGUCGUUUUAUUGCUCGUCGCGGACAAGUGACAAAAAUGCGGUCUGAUAAUGGAAGUAAUUUCAUUGGUGCCAAUAAGGAACUCAAGAAAGCGAUUACUGACUGGAAUGUGUGUCAGAUUCAUGACGCAAUGUUACAGAAAAACAUAGAUUGGCAGUUUAAUCCUCCAGCAGGCUCGCAUCAUGGAGGCGUCUGGGAACGAAUGAUUAAGACUGUACGUCAAACUCUAAAUAGUGUUGUGAAGGAGCAAACUCUUAAUGAUGAGUCCUUACAUACUUUGUUUUGCGAAGUUGAGUCUAUAAUCAAUGAUAGACCAAUUACCAGGAAUUCAGAUUCACAUAAUGACCUUGAGACGUUAACCCCGAAUCACCUUCUUCUUAUGAAACGUAAGCCAAGUUUACCUCCAGGAAUCUUUGCGAAAACAGAUAAUUACAUCAGACGUCGCUGGAGACAAGUUCAGUACAUGACUGAUCUGUUUUGGCAUCGGUGGACUCGAGAAUAUUUACCUCUACUCCAAGAACGUCAGAAGUGGUGUGACGUCAAAAGAAAUUUAUGCGUUGGUGAUGUUGUCCUAGUUGUAGAUUCUAACGCGCCAAGGAAUUCGUGGUUGAUGGGUAAAGUAACAGAGACUAUUCCAGAUAGAUUAGGCCAUGUUAGGCAAGUGAAGUUGAAAACUGUGUUCAAUACGAGCUUGGUACGUCCAGUUGACAAGCUAUGCUUGCUUCUUGAAGCGGAAACAUAGAUUGCUUCACUGUUCUUAAGGGGCAUAAUAAUCCCCGUGAAACAAUCUUGAUAACAAGUAGUAUUCAAUAUCUUGUAAAUUUUUCUAGUCAGCAAGAGAAACAGUUUAAUUAUUGUGAUCGAUAUAAACUAGUCUAAACUGUUGUUAUAGAAGAAAAUUGAACUAGAGUGUGUUGUUGUUUCAGAAGAAAUUGAACUAUGUGUGUUGUUUCAAGAGAAAAUUGAACUACUUGAAGGAACUACCUUAUACAUGCAUGUUUGUCUAUUGAACUAUCUGAUAUGUUGAACUAUUGUAUGUUGAGCUAAAUAACUGAUGAGGCAUUUAUAGCUUAAUUUUUUUUUUUAUUUUUUUUUUUUUUUUUUGAAGAUAUUUGAAAGGUCUUACUAGAGAAUUACUUGAGAAUUCAUAUGUUGUAAACUUUAGUUGAGAAUACAGUGUAUUUUGUAAAAUACCUUUAAUGUCUUUAAAUUAUGCACAUGGUUCAAACCUCAAGAAUUUAUUUUUGCAAAUUGAGUUACUGUAUCUUAAGUUUUGAAAUUGUGUUGAGUAAUUGUGUCAGAUGUUAUCUUCACAAUUAAGGGGCUGGGAUGUAAGUGCCACUCGUAAUGGUCGGUACUUACCGGCAUUUAGCCGUUUUGUUAGACGACAACGAUAAUGUUGCUUUGAUUUUCGUUAGCAGUUUAGCCAUGUUUCCAGAGUAUUUUUUUUCUAGAAAAUUGUUCGUUUUUUUUUUUGUACUGAAAAGGUUCAAAUACAUGUACUAUAAUUUGUCAAUCGUAACAUAACGAACUGGACAUAACACCAUGCAACAUGAUGUAAUAAAGAUCAUCUUGAAACAGUUACGCAUUGUCAAUUUGUCUUGAUAUUUGAACAUUUACCAGCCAGUACAA